AUUUUAUUUAUAAAAUAAUCAACCAAUCAUAGCUAAACACGUUUUCUGUCAGUUAAGCAUAACUUUUUAAUAACAAUUGAUUUUGAUUAAGUACUUGUGUUUGUUUGGUAUAAAAUUUAUAUUUUUUGUUUGCUCCAACCUUCGUAGCUAUGUAUCUCAUUUUCUGCAUACGUGUGUUUUGACACUAAUUCAACAGAUGUGGCGGGCUGAUAACAUUCGGAAGGUUAACAAAUAGUCACAUUCCGAAAAAACUCACGCACAAUUCUUUUUUCUUUGUUUUAUUGUGUCGAAGAGAAAGGACGAACUUUGUUUUGCAAUAAUGAGUAUUUCAUGGAAAAAUACUGACGAAGCUUUGCAGGAUUUUGUGAGCAUUUUGGUUUGUGGAAAAUGUGGAUUUAAGCCAGAAACUCCUGUAAGGCUCACAAACUGUGGACACUUCUUUUGCUAUGACUGUAUUAGCUCAGUAGCAAAAUGUGUUAAAUGUGAAAUACCAGUACAGCCAAGUGAGAUAAAACCUGAUACCUUAAUUAUGAACCUAAUUCAAAAUUGUGACAUUAUUGCAGAAGUUAUUAAUAAAAGAGAUUUAUGGGAUAUUGCUGAUAAACAUAGCUCAACAGCAGAAAAUACAAUAUCUGCAACAAUUCACACCCCAAAAAAGCAGCCUUAUAUAAACACAAAAAGAAUAAAUAAACCAAAUCCCAAGGGUGAAACACCAUUACAUGUUUUUUGCUUAAAAAGGGAAACUGAAAAAGUUAAACAUCACUUGCUAGCAGGAGCAAAUCCUGACACAAGGGAUAAUGCUGGUUGGACACCACUGCAAGAAAUGAUCAGUUAUGGAUAUUAUGAAAUAUGUGAAUUAUUACUGAAUUGCGGUGCUUCAGUCAAUAUGGCAGGUUACAAAAAUAGAAAACCAUUACAUGAAGCUGUUAAGAACAAUAGAGUGGAAGAGAUCAAAUUGUUGUUACGUUAUAAUGCUGAUAAAAACGUAUUUGAUGAAUAUGGCAAGAAACCUAUAGAUUAUUGCAAAUCAGAAGAAAUACGACAGCUCUUGAUGGACACGCCACAAUCCAAACCUUCUAAAGAUCUUAAUCAGUCGCUUAAUAAAUCAAUAUAUGCGAGAGAUAACAAGAUAGUAGUUCUCGCCUCAAAUUUAAAACAUGAAAAUCAGAGAUUGCUUGGUCUCGUAGCCGCAAAACAUAAACUCAAAAUUUUGACCACAUAUAGGCAAAAUGUUACGCACGUUAUAGUAGAGACGAACGAGCAAAAUAUCGCAAAACUAACCUUGGAUGUUUUAUUCGCUCUAGUCCAUGGAAAUUGGCUUCUCAGUAGUCAAUGGAUUAGACUGGCAGAAGACACGGACGAUAUAUCUGAUAUGGAUCUUGAGUUGUUCGAAGUAAGUGGAGCACCAACGUACGGAAUUCCAGAGAAGUCAAGACAGAACACAAUGUGUGGAAAUCCGCGCCUCUUCUAUAACUGCUUCUUCUACUUCGCUUUACAAACAAACACGACCUAUCAAAUUGACGAUGUGCGGUUGACAAAGGACGAUUUGAUUAGGCUUGUGAAGGAAGGAGAUGGAACGGUUCUGACCAGAGAACCGCAUCCAGAAGCCAUAGAGACAAGGGGUAUACCUUUUCACAUUGCGAGCGACUCUUCGCAUCCUUUGCACGGAUGCACGCAUUACGUUAUAUACAUGCCGGGCAAGGGUGAACCGGUGAUCAAGUACAAUAUGCCGCACAUCAAGACUCUGCCGCUGAUCUGGCUAAUCGAGUGCAUUGAAAAAUUUAGUUUCGUCAGUCCAGCCGAUUUAGGACUGUGAGUGCUUAAACAGACACAUUAAUUAAUUGUAUAGUUUCACACUUGCAAAAAAUAUAAGUUUCUAUUUUCAAAGCGCGCGCGAGCAAAAUAACAACGUGUGUAAUAAUAUGUAAGUUUUAUUGUAAAAGCUAAAAUAACUGAUAAAUGGAUGUAUCGCGAUUGAAAUACUGUCGACAAUGAUCCUUUGAAACACUGCUUUUUA